UGGCCGAGACGAGCGUGGCUUGCACCUUCAGUCAGUCCCCGUUGGCCAAGGUAGCCACCUCUGGGCCGGUCGAGUCGAGUCGCGCGGCACGCAGACGCUAGUUCCUCUCCUUUUUUUUUCCGACCACCACGGGACCAAGGCAGCACGGUCACGCUCGCGGGCCCGAUGAGGAACGACUGAGCCGCGUGUCCAUUCGCGGGGCUAUUUCGUGAGACCGACCGCGUGACCGAAGGGGGGUGAAGAGGGAUUUAAAAAGAAAAGCGGAAAAAGGAAGACCCAGCAUAUCCGGAGAAUCAGCAGGUGACAUCGAGUGUCUCGACGAAGGAUUCGACUGAGAGAGGAUACACGCAUGAUGGAGAGGACGUGGCGGAGUAUACGGAAGACAGCUUUAAUCUUGUUGCUGCCUUUGUUAUUGGCUAAAGUAAACUGCCAGGCCCCAUUGGUAGACAGUAGCGCGCUGCCCCUGGAGCAUCGAUCGGUAUACGGAGCACCCGCCCAGUAUGGCCCACCGGCUACGCACGGGGCCGAAGAGAACUGGCCUCUCGCGUCCCCGGACACGCCUCAGAUCAAGCACCUCCAAGUGCAAUGCGAGAAGACGCACAUGCGCGUGAACAUCGAGUUCGAUCGUCCGUUUUACGGGAUGAUCUUCAGCAAAGGGUUCUACUCGGACCCCCAUUGCGUCCACUUGAAGCCGGGUACCGGUCACUUGAGCGCGACCUUCGAGAUCUUCCUGAACUCUUGCGGGAUGAGCUCGUCGGCGAAUCACAAUGUGGCGGCUUACGGUGCACCGACGCCGUCCGGCAGUUACGUGGAGAACACGAUAAUUGUGCAGUACGAUCCGUACGUGCAGGAAGUCUGGGAUCAGGCGAGAAAGCUGCGUUGCACGUGGUACGACUUCUACGAGAAAGCAGUGACGUUCAGACCGUUCCAAGUGGACAUGCUGCACGCGGUAACCGCGAACUUCCUCGGGGACAACCUGCAAUGCUGGAUGCAGAUACAGGUCGGUAAGGGGCCGUGGGCCAGCGAGGUGUCCGGUAUUGUGAAGAUCGGUCAGACUAUGACCAUGGUCCUGGCUAUAAAGGACGACGAAAAUAAAUUCGACAUGUUGGUGAGGAACUGCGUAGCUCAUGAUGGCAAGAGAGCACCUAUUCAACUGGUCGAUCAGUAUGGAUGCGUCGUUAGGCCGAAGAUUAUGUCGAGGUUCCAAAAGAUAAAGAACUUCGGACCAAGCGCUUCCGUCGUCAGCUUUGCUUACUUCCAAGCCUUCAAGUUCCCCGACAGCAUGAAUGUUCACUUCCAGUGUGUCAUUCAAGUCUGUCGCUACAAUUGUCCGGAGCCUAAAUGCGGACAUCCUGGUCUGGAAUACGGAGCUCCUGCCACAGGUUUAACUCAGGAAUACGGUGCAGCAGUUCACCAAAGCCUGGGCUCGGAGUAUGGCGCGCCCCCGGUACCUGAAUACGGCGUACCACCUGCGUUCGGUGAUCCCAGGCAUCCCAGUGGACCCGCCGGAGCAUACAGCGAACCGAAUGCGGACGUAGUACCAGCCCCACAAGCGCAAACCUCAUCCUCCUCACCCAGUUCGACGCCGGGUGACGCGACGGCCAGUAGCUCACCACAAAGUCCGCAGGAUAACAUUCACCUUCCUCCACCUCCUCUUCCUGGUCACCCGGCAGCGGCCUACCAGACCGUGAAGAGAAAGGGAACCGCUGGUUCCGAGGAGCUCGAGGGCAACCUGGCCACCCUCGGAGGUCGGCCGAGGUCGGUUGAAGGUUUUCCAGCAGAGCUUAGGGGUGCUAGAAGGCGAAGGUCCGACAGCCAUGAUCAUAUGGAAGAUGACGAUUCCAAUAUCUAUCGAACCGUCAGCCUGGUCUCCAGCCAUGUGUACAAGCGAGCAGCCCAAGAGAUGACAGACGUGAAUACCUCGAGGACGAUUCAGGUGGUGGCACCUGGUGACGUGAACUUCGCCCUGGGCACGACGAACUCUAGCAACGACACCACCGUGGUGAUCCAAAACGCGAGCGCCUCAUCGGACCCGGAGACGAUCUGCAUGAGCCUGCCUGGCUUCGUUGGCGGCCUGGUGAUGCUUCUUCUGGUGGUGGUGGUCGCCUCGCUGGUCGCGGCGUUCCUGUUUGUCAGGGUGCGCGCCGUCGAUCGGAAGAACAUCGGCAUGGCUGGCAGCAGCUUCGUCCAUCCGACGUACGCGCCGGAAAACUGCACCGUGCCCAACCCGGAGUUCGUCAAGGUAGCCAACUGA